AAGAAGAUUCGAGUAUGAAAGUUGUAGCCCUGCGAACGAUGCGAAGGGGAUGCCACCAUGGCAGCUGGGGGCCUGGCCGCAAAGCCCAGAAGCCGAUCCUUGUGAGGCGGCUUGUUUUUAGCUCAAGCAAUGCUGCCCCUGAAAUUGAUCUCCAUUCUCCGAGUUUGCUGGAGGAGCAAAAUUUAGCUCUGUAGACAAAUGAGUUGUUGAGGAGUGUCCGGGUCUCCGAUUAUUGGUCAAAGCAGGGUUUUGUCAAGAUGAAUCUGUCAUCUGGACAAAACUCUAGCUCAGGGCUGACCAAUAGCACACCAAUCGGUGACAAAGAUGCUGGGUCCGGGGGAGGUACAAAGAAGGCAGACCCGCGCCACGAGCAAAGAGACGAGGCUGAUAAGAUCUUCAGGUCUUUUCUGAAGGCCCACAUCCUCAGACAUGCGGGCAAAAAUGUGGAAGAAAAUGAGCUUGAAAAGAGCCUCGCAAGGCUAAGGAAACACAUCAGGAUCGCAACGCGCUCCAAGUCCAAAGCUCAGCUCUGCCCCCAGCUGCUGUCAGACUGGCCAAGGGAGACUGAAAUAGAAGAUACGCACACUAAUAAAUACGCAGGUUUUGUGGCUGCCAUCAAGGAUAACUUUAGUAUGCCAAGUGAAGUGACCGAGCAGAGUCUCAGAGAAUCCUUCCUGAAGCAGCUGAACAGAAGACAAGGUACUGGAGAUGUUGUCGAGUGUAAGUGCUCUGGUGUGGACCAUCGGAAUCCUGGCUUGUCGCAAAAUAAUACCACAGCGAUCCUAGCCAACAGAGAUUCAGGCGCCAAACUUGAACGGGGCGAGCUUGUUGCUGGCAAUCAUGGCGGGGGCAACCUUGGGGCUCCUGUGGGAGCGCGCCGCGAAGAAUGCCCUCCCAAAACUUCCUCCCAAGUGCCGCCAGUGCGGUACCCCACUCAACCUCCCCCCACAGGACAAGAAGGCACGCAAGACAAGGGCAGCAUCGGAGAGAGAGGGCCCAUUGAGGAGAGAGGUCAUGAGGGGGGGUACGGCCUUCAUCCUCUUCUCCAUGUCCCUCCUUCCGAGGACGUGGCGCCCCAGCUUACCUUUGGCCCCCUGGCGAAUACCUGGCUCCUGGGGGGUACGCCCAGCCUGGAUACAGCACCACCGGUUGUGACAUCGUCAGAGGGGGCCCCUAUUCCCGACUCAUCUGCACAGUAUUCUGGACAGCCUCCAGACAUACUAGCAGAUUAUCAUGCAGACGCCACUUGGAAGAGGAGAUUCGAGUUUGGUUCAGAGCACGAAGAAGGCUUAAACGAGGUCUUGACCUCACUUCUUAGCCCAGGACAGUUUCCUACAACCCAUUUGAGUGGACUGGAGUGGUCGCCUGGCGAGGCCUCCCUGCAGUACGCCGCGCAAUCGGAUCUCCCUGGCAGCGAAUCGGGCCAGUCUCCGCAAUCGCAACUGACAAGCGACCAGACCCGUGGGGAUGGGGGUUUCUCGGCCUCGUAUAAUUUCGACCCGGGAGCCGGACAAGGACCACAGCGAGACGGGCCGGUGUAUCCGGAAAGCGCGCCCAGUGAGACGGGGCCGGCCAGUAGCCCGCAAUUUCGGAUACCAGGGCCCGGAAGGGCACCCCAGGAGGUCACUUUCAGGGGCGUGGGCCAGGAGCCUCCCAGGGCGGCACCGCCUGUGAAUGUCCCGGCCCAAGCUUGGACUCUCUCUUGCUUCAGGGAAGCGGCAGCGAGGAGCCGAGCGAACUCCCCUGCGAACUCUCUCGACGAAUCUUUGAGGCGGUUCGCGUGCAUUCUGGUAGACGCAGCCAAGCAUGAGCGGGUCAGACAGCCGGUUCGAAUUGAGCGUCUGUUCGCCCAGCUUGACGAAGCUGCGGAGCUGGACAGCAAGCCCGAGUUCGCAACCCUUAUCCUGCGGCGCACGUACCGCCAGUGGAAUCCCCAGACCCAAACGAUCGAGGACCAGUCUCGGGGUGGUCUGGCCCCAACCAACGGACUUGUUGGGGUUGACGUUGACAACAUAGACCACGUGAUCACGCUCAGCUUAGUCUUCUGCAAAGGCGACAUCGAGACUCUCGACAAUCUCGAGGUUUCGCUGCGAAGACCGGACGGGGUCGCAAAGUGCAUCCUGUACUCUGUUGGCUGCGGCGUCAUUGACGCCCUGCGUGAGGCCGGUCCUUUGGGACCCUCCGGCGGACUCUCCGGCGGUCCUGGUGGGGGGCGAACGGAAGACGACGGGGAAACUGGGGCCGGGAGAGGGCUGCAGCCUUGGGCUGACGGGUCCCGCCCGGAAAGCAAUAAACGACGGCGGGGUGGUGAGGCAGAGCGGGGUGAGAAUAGAGCCAACGAUACCGGUGAGAAGGGGCCGACCAGCAGGCAGCUUCAGGUUGUCGAGAAGGGGGAAUCAGGGACUGCGUCCGGACCCCGCGGCAACGACAAGCUCCUUGUCCUGAAGGUCGAGGGCGAGAACAGUGGGGCCUUUCAGCGCGGGAGCCCUUUACGGGAGCCGUGCGUUGCCGAGGACAACUUUCCCUCGGGCUCAGUGGUUUGGGGCAGAAAUCCGGAAGGCGGGACGCGAAUUUCGUUGGCAAAUGGGGUGAAUGCAAAAGCCAUCAUCGAAGGAAAGACGCGUAUGAGCACGCUUCUCGAGCCCUUGGGGAAACGCGACAUCGCUUUACUCGUUGCUGGCAUGAUGAACACUGUCAGGAAGAUGGACGGUUUACCACCAAGAACCAGGGGGAAGGCCCCAUACUGGUUCCCUCAAUCUCUUGGGCAUCAAUACCAUAAGCGCACCGAAGAAAUGUUGAAAUCGGAGCUCUUGGAAAUAGCGGACUCCAUCUUCGAGUACCUGUUCAGCACAAAAGAUCCCGCCAGGGUCAAGGAGGUGCUUCGGACGAUGCGAGUGACUAUAGACGGGUGGUGGUCAAGGCUGAAACGCGUGACUUUGGUUGAGGAAGCCUUGACGGCUUUAACCAUAGAGCCUCAGUGGGGCCCGGGUAUCGGAUCGAUCCAGAUGGAGGAAGGAGAGCUGCCUGGGAGAAAUGAGACAAAUCUCAAAUUUGUUUCGAAAGAUUUCCCUUCGUACCUUAGGGAGGAGGAGGAGGAGCAUGCUUGGUUCAGCCCAGCUGAGAUGCAGGGGAUCAGGUGAAAGCUUGUACAAACAGAUUGGAGGGUUGGCGUCAUUUUCCUUUGUCUGGUGCCCCCGCCGGCCUGGCCCGGGCCGGCCAACCCCAGCGGAGGCGGCUGGGCCUGAUCGAGUGGCAGCGGCAUCUCCCUGGUCACGCGGGUCGCAAUGGUUUUGACAACUCAAAGGAAAAUUUUCGAGACGUUUGGCGCAGUCAUGUUGCGGGAGCACUAGAUGGACAAUUCAAGCGUUGUAACCUUGCUAUAGGGAGGUGUAGAGAGCUGCAACAGCAUACGUACUCUUCAAGCGCUCGCACAACUCGUACAUAUAUACGUUCAAGCCUGUCAAAAUAGUCAAUAAGAUUUUGCACGAGGGUAAAACAGAUCGCUUGUCAAUAAAACACGCGGACGGCCCCAACCCCGUAUAAUGUAUUUAAUGGAGCCCGGUGCUUUGGUACGGGCUUUAUAACGUGAUAAUUACAUGAUCGACAC